UGAGUGGUUUUAUCUUCCGACCGAUGUGUGUUUAUCUCGAACAUUAGAGAGAUUGUGUGCCGGGGCUGAUGGUUUUGCGUGUUUCAAUCCAAGGUUACAUUGAAAUCUAACUGUGGUGCGGUGUAAAGAUGCGUAAAUACGCAAAACAUUGGCGUGACUCUGCCUCGUUGAUAGUUGCGGCACGCAACGAGGGGAAUGCAAGAGACGCCGAUGGAUUCAACUAUAAGGUUCUGGUGUUCAAGCGGACCGAAAGAACCAGUUACCUACCAAACCACAUCGUUUUCCCGGGUGGUGCUUUCGAUCCGCAGGAUGACUCCCCGCAAUGGUUGUCACUUCUUGCGCAACAGCACGUCCCCGAGGCUGCAGUACGUUCCGUAGCUACCGUUUCCGGUUGCCGUCCGUACAUUUUGCAAACCACUAGCGAUGACACGCUCGAUCGUAAUCUUUCCGUUCGGCUGUGCGCGCUGCGGGAGUGUUUUGAGGAGUUGGGAGUGCUUCUGGUGGCUAACAAAAACGAACUGGUGUCGGCUACUGGUUCCGGCUUCAGUCGCGCAAGGGAAGGUUUCGAUGUGGUGUCCUGGCAAAAGGACGUACACGAUGGGCGCAAGUCGUUUCUGGAGCUGUACAGUGAGUUGCGGGAAACGCCGGAGCUCUGGGGUUUGUACGAAUGGUCGACGUGGAUCACUCCGACCUAUUUCCCGCAGAGACGGUUCGAAACGGCAUUUUUUCUAGCAGCGCUGGACGAGAUUCCAUCGGUUUUUCCCGAAAAGUUUGAGGUGGAAGAAUACAUGUGGGCAUCACCUCGUACCCUGCUCGAAGCACACACCGAAGGCAACUUGUGGCUAGCGCCCCCUCAGGCCUAUGAACUGGAACGUUUAAGUUACGUGCACGAUAUCGAUGUGCUGGUAGAGUUUGCUACCAAACGCAAGUUCCAUGGAACGACACCGUUCUGUCCUGUGAUGUACAAUACUUCAGACGGUUCCGUCGGUACACUUCCGGGGGACGAUAUGUAUCCAAAAGAUUUCGAUUUCCUAACCGACAACGCCGACGUCAACAAAUACGUACACCUUUCGACCCAGGAGUUUGCGGAUCUGGCACAAAAUUUGCAUCGCGUCGAGCACCGAGGCAUCAAUAGUCAAACGUACCUGCAAAACGGUCAACCGGUGGACGGUCAUCUACAUUUGUGCGGGAAAAAUACCGGACUCUCGAAGCUGUGAUCUUAGGGGAUAAUUGUUUUUUUAUGGGUAUCGUUUUAAUAAACAAGGUGUGGAAUCGGUUUUUGGA